AUGAUCCUCCCAUACGAAGGCGAACGCGAGUCCCAAACCCCGUCUCCACCGCAAAUCGCCUACCUGUCGCAACUUAAUUCCCGCAACUACGACAUGGCCGUCGGCUCACGUCAAAAGAAAAAUUUUUCCCGCUCGGCCUGGACACACGAGGAUGUGAAUGUCAGUCGUAGACUGUCGGAUAUUGGCGAAGAGCUUUCCCCUGCGAAAUCGGAUAAUUUCGACGAGUCUGGGGGCGCACACGAAUCGAGUUCCCCACCUCAGCACGAGGCCGAGUCGAGUUCCAGCUCGACGGUGAGUGCGGGGAGUCGACGCGCUUCGGAGUCGAGGUCACCGCAGAUUGAUCGUGAUAUGGCGGCUGCUCAGGCUGAGGUCGUGAAAGCGCAGGCGAGUCUGGUGGGAGCCAGUCCUACCCUGGCAGCAAGCAACUCCGUCGCGUCUGCUGCUGCUGAGGGCAAAGGGCCCGGGGAGGAGUUCUCGUCGGCGAUACUGAGUAGUGAGGCGGAGAGGAUUCUGGAAAAUGCGAAGAAGCGCUUGAAUCUUAUGGAAGGCAAUUUGACCCGCGCUCGCUCGACUACGCGUAUGACGCCCUCGCCUUCGCCCUCUCCGUCUGGGAACACCCCGAUGGGCAUGCACCACCCCGUCGGCGGACUGUAUCGAUCGAUAUCCCGCACCGAUCCUAAGAACUCGUCGCUGCGUCGGCAAUCGCUCAUUUCGAAUCAGGAUUCAUCGAAUAAUCGACACUCGAGAGUCCAUUCUGAGACGAAUAUCCCGUCUGAGUCGAGCAUGUCGAAUGAUAAGACGGGAAUGUCUCGCUCGGUUAGUGCCAUGGGCGCGAGCACUUCGUCCAGUCUUCAUACGGAUGAUCGGUCGUUUCAGUACGAGCCUACGAGGGCAUAUCUUACGCACCGCGCCUCGAUAUCUUCUAUCAGGCCUCCUGUGCAGAUCCAGGAGCAGCCAGCCGAGCCGGAGGCUACACCAUCGCCUGUCUCUGAAAGUCACGGCUCGGCAGAGUCACCGCAGGGCUUGGGGAUCUCCGAUGAGGGAUCGAAGUCUAGCCCGGACAGGUUCAGUCCUGUCUACAGCUCGUACGGCCCGCCUAGUCGCGCGCAGUCGCAGUUGCAAGUGCGUGAUCUGCAGUAUCAGAUGAAGGGUCUGCAUAUCAAGAUAUCUUCCCUCAAAGUGAAGUCUCAGGAGGAUAACCUUCGCAGGCGUAGUCUGCAAAGUUUGCGUACGCCCAGUCCGUUGACGGCUGCUGAUCACUGGUAUGCCAAUGCGCUGGAGCUCAAAGAUGGCCGUAGCAGCCGUGGCUCCAGUGCCAGACGCGAUACAAGUUCUGAAUACGCCCGGCGUGUCUCGAACGGUGGUUUGCAAAACGAUCGACGUGCUUCUGGGGAUAGUCCUGUCGAGCAUCCUGCUGAGAAUACAUCGAAGAAUGCUGGCAACUGGCAAACCCAUGGGCCCGAAUACGAUGACGAUCAAUCUGUCGCUGGGAGCAUGUAUGAAGAUGCUGAAGAGGGCGGUUAUGACGAUGAGAUCGACCGUGAAGCUCUGGAUGAGAUCCUCCGUGAACCGCUUGACGACGAUCUAGAGGGACCCAUCACGGACACGACGCCUCACGAGAUGCGUGAGGAUGCUUUCGACUACGAGCAUUUCAUUCUGCACAGCGCCCUAGGCAAUUUCGCGCGACCACUCCGCCGCGCGAGCACCAGCUCCAAUGGCUCUAUUGAAACCACACGCCCGACAUACACCGCAAAGCACUCGCGCACCAACAGCGCCAUGUCCGACUCGACGGUGGCAACCUUCGCAACUGCAACAGAAGGACGCCCAGAUGACGAAGACGACCUUGACAGCGUGAUGUAUUGGGACCGACGAUUUAAUCACGAACUACGACAUGGACAUGUCCACACUCACUCUCAUUCCCACCACGGCCCCAGUCCAAUUCAAGAAGCCCAAGAACCCGACCGAUCAGAAACUCCCCGUGGAUCCCGCGCCCACAGCGACAAUACUCUCACCCCCGUCGACGAGGUGCUCGCCCCACAGAAACAAACCGGCCGCUCGUCAUCCACCGCCGGCACCGCAACCCCAAACUCCCUCGUCUCAUCCCUCGUCUCGACUGUGCGCGCAGCAUCCAGCACGCCCGUCGCCGGCGGCAUCAACGACGACGAUACGCAGAUGCUGGAAACGCUCUUCGCCAGCCUGGGCAAUGUCUGCAUGGAUCUGCAAGCCAUCACGACUUCUCCAGACCCGGAUCAGAAGGCUGCACGUGUAUUACGGCGCCGGCUAGAUGCGGCGCGGAGAGUGUUGGAGGGCGAACUCGACGCUUAA